AUGGUUUCCUUCGACCCUAGCCGGCGCAUCCUGGCUCUACCCUGGCCAUUUGUUACGCACCUAACCCCAUCCCUGCUGAAGGCAUUGUUCAUUCUGUGUCCUCUCCUCCAACCACCCCUCGUCGUCCCCUCAGCCCUCGCCCUCAGCCCCCCAGAUGAGCCUCUGCGACUUCGACACGGCAAUUCGGGGCGUCCGAGCUUACAGCACUCGCAACUACAGCAUCCGCGCCCAAUUCUAGCUCAUCCAAGAGGUCCCCCGUCUCCGACACACUCUACCGUCUCGAUUCCUCCCAGUACCUAUCCGCCGCCUCACUCUCUCGCCGCUGGCACUAGCAUCCAGCAUCAGCACAGUGCCUACGGACCACCUCCAGAUUCCCAUUAUUACCCACAUCCAACAAACUAUCCCCCGGCAACUGCAUCCGCGCAGUAUCCUUCCAGCGGACCUGAUCUCAUGGCCACUACCGCACAAAUGCAGAGACCUUACCCACCCAUCUACCACACCCCUCAAUCCAACUCGCCGGCAUCGGUAGCGUCACAGCCGCAUGAUCCGCAUGGCCGGACUCUCUACACGCAAUCCCCCCAAAUGGCGCCCCAGAUGUAUGGGUAUCCAUACUCACCUAUGAACCCCAUUCAGCCGACGGGGUAUGCGACGCAUCCAUCAUCACAAUCGCACCCUCUCACCACACAGCCCAUGAUGAUGCCACCGCAGACGACAUCGGCACAGAUGUCCCCUCACCAAUCCUCUCAACCUCCCAACCCCGCCUUGUCCAGCAGCCCAGGAAUGAAGAUGGAUUCAACACCGCAGCCCGGGUCUGGCCAACGGCCAAUGCUCAACGCUCCGCCUCUCUCUACCUCCAACCCCAGUAUGCCCGGCUCCUCCUUGCACUCCACCUCGCCACUGGGGACCAGCUCUAGCGCAGCACCUGGUCCCAUCCCCGCCACGACCCCCCUCGUCGUACGACAAGAUAGCAACGGCGUCCAGUGGAUCGCCUUCGAAUACUCUCGAGACCGAGUCAAGAUGGAGUAUACUAUCCGCUGCGACGUCGAGUCCAUCAACACGGAAGAGCUGCCGCAAGAUUUCAAGACAGAAAACUGCGUCUACCCGCGCGCCUGUUGUGACAAAAAUAACUACAAAGGCAACCGACUCGUCUACGAGAGCGAGUGCAACGCUGUCGGUUGGGCCCUUGCCCAAUUGAAUCCAUCACUCCGCGGUAAGCGUGGUCUCAUCCAGCGGGCUGUGGAUAGCUGGCGCAAUAGCAACCAAGACCCCCGACUCCGGAGCCGACGAGUGCGCCGUCAAGCGAAGGUUAAUCGACGACAAUCGGUCCCGGCCACCCCAGCUCCUCCACAUAUGGCCCCUACAGCAGCCAUGCCUGGCCUUCCCAGUGCAGGACCUGGGCCCUCGAUGCCGGCUCCUGGACCUCGACCUAGCCUCUCGGGGCCCUUGAAUAUGGGACCCCCGCAACUGCACCAUCACCAUGCUCAACCGGAUGGCAGCCCGAAAAUUGAGGAAGUCAGUGGCGCAACCGACUACGGACCCCAGCGUCCCCUCGAACCAACCCGCCUCCCACAAGCCCCUCUCGCCGCCGACCUCCGGCCCGCACAAGUCUUCCCGGAGGCAACGAACCUCCCCCCGUCCACACUGGGACCGGGACCCUCCAUGCCCCCCAUGCUCCGAGAUACAGGUCUCGGCUCCAUGGGCCGCCACCCAGGCUCCAUCGCCACCUCCAGUCACAUGGACGUCCCCGAAAUCGACGAAGAGCAAAGCCCCAGUAACGAAGACCUCUUCGGGCAACUUCCCGGCGGAAAGCGACGAACCUUCAUCCUAGUCGAAGAUCCCCAGCGUGGCUCGCGUGUCCGCGUGAAAGUCGGCCUGGACAAGGUCAAUAUGGACGAAUUGCCCGACUCCUACCGCAUGCAGAACGCCGUCUACCCGCGAACUUAUUUUCCCGUGCAAAUGAAAGACGCGCCGGGGUCUACGAUGCCCUCUAAACGAUUCUUCCGCGACGACACCGAGCAGACGGAUGAUCCCGAGGCUUCGACUGUGGGACGAACGACUGUUCUGGCGCCCUCGUUGGACGGCGACCGAGACAUUGAUGUGCCUAAGCUUUCGCGGCGCAGACAUCGGAAGGAAGUCAUGUUAAACGAUUUGGGGUAUCGACUUAGUUGGAGUCAGAGCCGCGUUUUUGCGGGUAGGAUGUUGUUCCUGCAACAGUCGUUGGAUGCCUACCGCAAUAAAAUGCGGAGCUCGAUGCUUGCAGCGGGGCAUGACCCGGCGGAGAUUCCAGAGCACUUUGAUACUCGGCGUGGGAAGCGACGAUUCCUCGACCGGGCGGGUCGACGACUGGAGACGGGACCGUCCGCGGCGCAGAGAACUGCGGAGGAGACAGAGGGUCGAUCGUAG